GCCACGCCCACAAGGCGGCUACGUGCCGCGUCACCGCGCUUACGUGUAGCCGUGACGCUUGAAUCUCGCGUGAUGAGGCUUGUGGCGUUGGGAUUUGGAGUGAGACAGGAGGCGAGAGGCUUGCAGGGAACGGCUUUGCGGCCUUUCAUUUGCGGCGCACAGACCCGCUGUGCCCACACAGGCGGGUUCCAGUAGUCUGACUGCACAAGCCUGUUGCAUUGUGGGAAAUCAGCAUGUCGUUCAGUGGGGAAAUGGCCAAUGGCAAAACAGACGUAGCAAACAGUGGCUUUUCCAGUAGCCCAGAGGACAUGUCGGGAGCAGAGGAAGGGAAAGAGAACUCAUCGGGGAUAGAGGUGGAAGCUUCAGACGUGAGUUUGAGUCUGACUGGGGAUGAGACUGGCACGACGCAGGCAGAAAGCAGAGACACUUGCUCUGAGACCUCGGGGGAAGAUAAAGACUCUGACAGUAUGGAUGACACGGGUCAUUACUCCAUUAAUGAUGAGAACCGAGGGAAUGACCAGUCCCAUUCAGAAGAUGAGGAGGAGGAGGAAGAAGAAGAAGAGGAUGAGGAAGAAGAAGAAGCAGUGCGGCAUCGAAAACGGGCCCAGCGCAAAAGAGCCAAUCGCGAUCAGGACUCAUCAGAUGAAGAGCGGGCUCUGGAAGACUGGGUUCUGUCGGAGAAGACACCGCUACCCCGUCCUCGAUGGCGGGCCCUCCGCGCUCUCAGGCAGAGACAGAUGGGCAGCAGCACUCGCUUCAUCUACGACGCCUGUGGGGCCCGGGGAUUUGUGCAACGAUUUCGCCUCCUUCACGGAUUGGAUGGGCACAGUGGCUGUGUAAACACCCUGCACUUCAACCAGAGGGGCACCUGGUUGGCUAGUGGCAGCGAUGACCUCAAAGUGGUGGUGUGGGACUGGGUCAGGCGGAAACCUGUGCUGGAGUUCGAGAGUGGCCACAAAAGCAAUGUGUUCCAGGCAAAGUUCCUGCCGAACAGCGGAGACUCCACGCUGGCAAUGUGUGCCCGGGACGGGCAGGUGCGGGUUGCAGAACUGUCAGCCACCCACUGCUGCAAGAACACAAAGAGAGUGGCACAGCACAAGGGCGCGUCUCAUAAGCUCGCUCUGGAACGAGACUCUCCAUGCACUUUCCUGUCUGCCGGCGAGGACGCCGUGGUCUUCACCAUUGACCUACGGCAAGACCGGCCAGCCUCGCGCCUAGUGGUCACCAAGGAGAAGGAGAAGAAGGUCGGCCUGUACACCAUAUAUGUCAAUCCGGCCAACACCUACCAGUUUGCUGUGGGUGGCAGGGAUCAGUUUGUCAGGAUCUACGACCAGCGGAAAAUUAAUGAAAAUGUAAAUAACGGCGUGCUCAAAAAGUUCUGCCCCCAUCACCUGGUGACGAGCGAGGCCAAGGCCAAUAUCACAUGCCUGGUGUACAGCCACGAUGGCUCAGAGCUCCUCGCCAGCUACAACGAUGAAGAUAUCUAUUUGUUCAACUCCUCCCACAGCGACGGCGCCGAGUACAUCAAGAGAUACAAAGGGCAUCGAAACAACGCCACAGUUAAAGGGGUGAACUUCUACGGCCCCAGAAGUGAAUUUGUGGUGAGCGGCAGCGACUGUGGCCAUAUCUUCCUGUGGGAGAAAUCUUCCUGUCAGAUUGUACAGUUCAUGGAUGGGGACAAAGGAGGAGUGGUUAACUGCCUGGAGCCGCACCCCCACCUGCCCGUGCUAGCCACCAGCGGCCUCGAUUAUGAUGUGAAAAUCUGGCUUCCAACUGCCAAAGAGCCGACAGAAUUAAAUGGCCUUAAGGAGGUGAUUAAGAAGAAUAAAAGGGAGCGGGAUGAGGACAGCCUACAUCACACCGACCUGUUUGAUAACCACAUGCUCUGGUUCCUGAUGCACCAUCUGAGGCAAAGGGGGCAGCGCAGGAGGAGGAGAGAUGCCGGCCUGGGCGCGGGCGAUGCCGAUUCCGACGACUCUCCCAGUUCCUCCGACAGCUCCGACGACGACGAGGACGGACCAGAUCGAGUCCAGUGCAUACCUUCAUGAGUAUCCGCUACCCUCCGGGGCUAGAGCCGGCAUGAUGGCAUCCCAUGCUGGUGGGGGUGGGAGAGGAGUUUGUUACUAACGGACAGUUUCAGCUUUUUAUUAAGGUUAUAGAACAAUCGUUUAAAAAAAAAAAAAAAUAUCCAAAACAAUGAAAAACACACAAAAAAGUCCUCUUCUGCCCAGUUCCGCUUUUUUUUUCUGUUUUUGGAAAAGGGCAUCCUGUGCUUGGCAUCAAUUGCACUUUGGAAUUCUCUGCUUUAGUGUAAAAACCACGUGAUUGGGGGAUCUGUUGGAACCACCUCGCCGUCUCAUAGGACUAAAUAGAACUUGCAAUGGAAGAGCGGAAGGAUUAUUUUUGUCAGGAAGAUUUGCCCCACCGUUUCUCCAAUCCUUUAUAUAAGAUGAGUUCUCCAACACUUAUGGCUUUUUUUUUGGUCUAGGUUCUAGAUCUACUUUGUUCUCUUGCAGCGUCCCUGUUUAUAAUUGUAACAAACGGGGUUCAUGCAUAGCAGUGAGUGCAACGACGGAGACCUCUAUGCUUCCAUUGCAUCUUGGAUGUGUGCUCUACAGCAUAUUAAAUAUGACUGCUCAUUAUAGUAACUUUUUUUGUUUUCCGAGACCCUCAUGGGAGGUCCUGGAAUUAAGCCCACCCAUGCGGAACUUAGGCAGUCUGAGUUAAAGCUCUUCCACAGCUUGGAGUGGUUAUUCUACUUUACUACCAGCACAGCAUUAAUAACUAUUGAUGAGAAGAUUAUGGAGUCAUUAAUCAGGUAGUUCCUUUUCUGUUGAAAGUUGAGUCAUCAACUGAUUGGGUUCUUCUCAGUCAAAAGGGAGAAGAACAUGAAGUCAUCAGCUGGUUGGGUUCUUCUCUUCUCAGGCAAAAGGGAGAAGAACAUGGAGUCAACUUGUUGGGUUUUUCUCAGUCAAAAUGGAGAAGAACAUGUAGUCCUCAGCUGGAUGGGUUCUUCUCUUAUCAGGCAAAAGGGAGAAGAACGUGGAGUCAACUGGUUGGGUCCUUCUCAGUCAAAAGAGAGAAAUACAUGGAGCCAACUGGUUGGGUUCUUCUCAGUCAUAAUGGAGAAGAACAUGGAGUCAUCUACCUGAUGAUGGUUUCUUCUCAGUUGAAAGUGAGAAGAACGGGGAGCAAUCAACUGGGUUGGGUUCUUCUCGGUCAAAAUGGAAAUGAACGUGGACUCCUCAACCGGGUGGUUUCUUCUCAGUCAAAAGCUGCCAAAGAGCCAUAGACUGAAUACUGAUGCAGCGUGUGUGUUGUUUCUGCAGUUUGACCUUACGGCCCAUUUCACAGUCCUCCACUGCCCGCUUGUUUGAAGAAGCCAUAGACAAAGCUGUAUGUAGACACUAUCUAGGAUGUUCGGAGCAGCUGCACCGGCAUAUCUAGAUACUAGCCAUCCCCUGCCUUAGUUCUGCUCUGAAUGCAAUUGCCGGCUGUGCAUUUGUACACAAAAGACCCACCGCAGUCAUGUACGUAGGGUACCAUCCUGGGGAUCUCUUUGAAGGAUCCACCACUUCUAAAGCUAUUCUGAUAUAUUUGUGACCGUAGACUUUUCCACCCUCUUCUUCUGGCAUUGGCCCUAAUAACCCUUCAUAUCUCAAGAUCUUUGUGACCCUACUUAAGAAGGUCCGGCUCUAACUUGUGUAUGAUGGUUGAUCAAAGUCACGAUUGACCUCAGUGACCAACCUUGGUAGCUGGUCUUGAUCUUCAGAAGGGUUGCAAAAGUUGAAUUGACACCCUAUUCGUUGACUAACUAUGGUGAAUUCAUUGUCCACAUUCGUUGGAAAAUGAUCUUAUUGGUUAGUAUCCUCUAAUUAUGAUAGCAACAGCUCCUCUAGUGGCCUUAAACAGAUGAUGCCAUCUUGUUGCAGUCGUAGGACGAGGCAAAGACCAUGUCCACUCUCGCUCCUUCUAUUAAUCAUGUCUUACCAACAAUACAGCCAUAUUGGCACCUUCUUAGCAUCCCAGCCAUGGUUUUCUCGAGCACUGGGUUGGUUCCAGUAAGCCAAAGCCAAAACUCUAGGCAAGUGCAUGAGCAAAAUUUCAAAGGGGAACUUAACCCUUCUACCCAAGUCCCCAAAAUCCAACAUUUCAGUUUUUUUUUUCCCCCUAACUGCUCCUCUGGCCAUAAACCUACAGGAUGCAAGGUCUCCCCCAGCAGGGAACUGUAUAUACUUUGCGACAAUUUGCACUUUGGAAAAGGGGGUGGGAGGGGGGGUGUUUAUCUUUUUCUGGUUUUUCGUUUCCAUUUUUUUUCCGCUAUACAAACCUCUAUUUAAAAACAAAGGGGGGGAAAAAAAAAUCUUCAAAAAAUUUUGCAUUUAUGGAAAAAAAAAAUGUAAUUACGAAAAAGAAAAAAAAAAAUCUUUCAGCCAACCAAAUGUCAGGAUUUUGAGGCAGUAAAACGGCUUUGCUUUAUCACUGUUUUAAUAAUCUGAAUAUUGAGCUGGAUGUUUAUGAAGUUAAUUGUUAAGUUGAAACAAAUGAAUAUUAUAUAUUAUAUAGAAAUAAAUGCAAUAAGAGAAAUGA